AUGCAAUUCGAUGAUGGGAAGAGUUUAUAUGAAUUACUUAAUCAAGCAUUACGUACCGAGAAUCGUGGAGAGUUAAAAACGUGGUUUUCGUAUCUUAAAUUAUUUCUUACUGCCCUGCAUAAGUUACCAUCACAAAGUGGAACAGUAUGGCGUGGUAUUCGAGAUGUGGAUUUAAGUUCAAAAUAUAAAACUGGCAAAUUAAAUCCUGCUCCUCAACUCCAUAUUAUUCAGUUAAAAGAAAUCACACCGCCUAUUCCACUUGUAAAACCACCAUUUCAAAAGUCAUCACCAGUAUUUAAACCAACACCAAAAAUCAAAGGCAUCAGUUCAUCAUUUUAUUAA